CAGUGGGGAGUUAAUUUUAAAUCGGUACAAGAUGGCGGAGGGGGACGAGGCAGCGCGAAGGCAGCAGCCGCACCAGGGGCUGAGGCGCCGGCGGCGGACGAGCGACCCGAGCGUCGGGGUGAACCACGUCUCGUCCACCACCUCCCUAGGUGAGGAUUUUGAAGAUGAUGACCUAGGAAAUUCAGAUGAGGUUAUGAAGAAACCAUGCCCCGUGCAGAUUGUUCUUGCUCAUGAAGAUGACCAUAACUUUGAGCUUGAUGAAGAGGCCUUGGAGCAGAUCCUGCUACAGGAGCACAUACGGGAUCUUAACAUAGUCGUGGUGUCUGUGGCAGGAGCUUUUCGGAAAGGGAAAUCAUUUCUCCUGGACUUUAUGCUUAGAUAUAUGUAUAACAAGGACUCUCAAAGUUGGAUUGGUGGAAACAAUGAACCAUUGACUGGCUUCACAUGGCGAGGUGGUUGUGAAAGAGAAACCACAGGCAUACAAGUCUGGAAUGAAGUCUUUGUGAUUGAUAGACCUAAUGGAACGAAAGUGGCUGUGCUGCUAAUGGAUACCCAGGGUGCCUUUGAUAGCCAGUCAACCAUUAAGGACUGUGCGACAGUGUUUGCUCUGAGCACGAUGACUAGCUCUGUCCAGGUAUAUAAUUUAUCCCAGAAUAUUCAAGAAGAUGAUCUUCAACACUUACAAUUAUUUACAGAGUAUGGAAGACUUGCAAUGGAAGAGAUCUACCAGAAACCAUUUCAGACGUUAAUGUUUCUGAUUCGGGAUUGGAGUUAUCCUUAUGAACAUUCGUAUGGUUUGGAAGGUGGAAAACAAUUUCUUGAAAAAAGAUUGCAGGUAAAACAGAACCAGCAUGAAGAACUCCAGAAUGUCAGGAAGCACAUUCACAAUUGUUUCUCCAAUCUGGGCUGCUUCCUUCUACCACAUCCUGGUCUUAAAGUCGCAACGAAUCCUAGCUUUGAUGGACGGCUGAAAGAUAUCGAUGAAGACUUUAAACGGGAGCUUCGGAAUCUGGUCCCAUUGCUGCUUGCUCCUGAAAAUCUGGUUGAGAAAGAGAUAAGUGGCUCUAAAGUCACUUGUAGAGAUCUUGUAGAGUAUUUUAAGGCAUACAUUAAAAUAUAUCAAGGAGAGGAACUACCACAUCCAAAGUCUAUGCUUCAGGCAACAGCUGAGGCUAAUAACCUUGCUGCAGUAGCAGGAGCAAGAGACAUCUAUUGUAAAAGUAUGGAGCAGGUAUGUGGUGGUGAUAAGCCUUACAUCGCACCUUCGGAUCUGGAGCGAAAACACCUGGACCUCAAGGAGGCGGCGCUGAAACAGUUCCGUUCUGUGAAGAAGAUGGGCGGAGACGAGUUCUGCCGUCGCUACCAGGACCAGCUGGAAGCUGAGAUCGAAGACACCUAUGCAAAUUUUAUAAAGCACAAUGAUGGCAAAAAUAUCUUCUAUGCUGCUCGCACCCCCGCCACCCUGUUUGCGGUCAUGUUUGCUAUGUACAUAAUCUCAGGACUGACCGGCUUCAUUGGCCUAAACUCUAUAGCCGUCCUAUGUAACCUCGUCAUGGGGCUAGCACUGACGUCCCUGUGCACGUGGGCGUAUGUUAAGUACUCUGGGGAGUUCAGAGAAAUUGGAACAAUGAUUGAUCAGAUUGCUGAAACACUCUGGGAACAGAGGAGUCCCAGGAAGGUAUUGAAGCCCCUGGGUGAUAAUUUGAUGGAGGAAAACAUAAGGCAGUCUGUAACAAACUCUAUCAAAGCAGGCCUGACUGACCAGGUGUCUCAUCAUGCCCGAUUAAAGACAGACUGACAGUUCAUCUCCUCAUGGACUCCACUCUCCCUUUUUUCAUGCUUGCUGUACAAUGAGAACUCAAAUAAAAAUAAACCAAAGUUUACAAUCAACUGUAGAAGUAGGUUAGUGUAACUGGCUUCACAGAUGGCUGCCACAGAGUGUGAACAUGGCUGGUUGGUUUCCAGCCUUCUUCUGAUGUCUCCUUAGACCUGGAGAUGGCCGAGGAGCAUUAGUUUAUCAUGCACAUUUGUGCCAUGUUUAAUUCUUUUCUUUCUUUUUACGGAAUCUAAUGUUAGUGAAAUUUGUCUUAUGUAAAAGGAUAUUUCAGGGAAAUAUUUUAAGAAAUCUAUUUAGAGUCUCUUUAAUAUAGUGUCCCAUUGAAAUUUUAAUUUUUAGAGAAUUUAUGAAUCACUGUAUCAAGAAUCAGAUCAGAAUGACAAUGAAGCCUUUAUUGAGCCACUACAUUAAAAGUGUAUAUUGCUUUACUGCCUUCAAUGCCAGUAUUACAUAAAUGCAUGUAUCAGAAAUGUCACAGAAAUCACAUGACAACUCUUAUAGCUGAGAAGGUAAUUCUGAGGUGUACAUUUGUCUUGCCUUUUAAAGUUUGUAAACCUGCCCUGAAGGGAGAUGCAUAUCUGGGAAACUUAACUGUCCUUUUGCAGUUUAGCCUUCAUGUACAUAAAAUAUGCCGUUAAUUGUAUUGGGGGAGAAAUGCCAUCCAAAAAUGUUGCCUACAGCUAUGAGUUAAGAGUGUCUGUACAGUGUGUAGCUUUUAUUUUCUAAAAUUCACAGGUAGGGCAUGUAUAUGAAUUAUAAAUAUAUAAAUACAAUUUUGUAUUAAAAGUUUUGUAGUUUAUGGCAAAAUCUGGUUCUGUGGUAGGCUAAUAAGUACAGUCCCUGUGAAAGGAAUGUUUGUGGCUCAUGUCAGUGUGUGAAUGCAUAGACAAUUUGAAGUUUUGAUAUAUUUGUGAUAUUUAUCUUCCUUGAGCACUGCAAUCUCACCCCAAGGGAAUUCAAUGGGAAUGUUUUAUUGUGACUUGUCCUCUGUUGCAUUUUAAAGUUAUUUCCUGUAAUUUAUUUUCAGUACAUAAUUAAAAAUUUGUUGUAUAUAUAAAAUGAAACUUGUGAUUUUUUUUCUAUGGAAUUCCUCACCAUAUAACUUGUGUGUGUUCAUGCUGAAAAGAGUGUGGGUUAGGGUACACCCAAGUUAGAGCUCAAGGUGUUGAUCUCAAAGCUAAGCUGUAAGAGUUAUUUUUCUGUGUGUGUUUAUAUAAGAAUAUUUGUUGUAAGAGCCUGCCUGGGCAUUUAUUAAUUUUUCUUUUUCUCGCCCAUCUCUCUGUCCCCAUCUUUGUGUGUGUGUGUGUGUGUGUGUGUGUGUGUGUGUGAGAGAGAGAGAGAGAGAGAGAGAGAGAGAGAGAGAGAGAGAGAGUGUGUGUGUGUGUGUAUGAUAUGUAAAGCUACCCUUUUUCAAGAUUUUUAUGUCCUCCGUACAAAGACCUAUUAAAGCACCCAUUUGGUUUUUAAGUAAGGAGAAUUUAAAUGUUGAGUUAUAUGCAUGAAAGGUUUGCUGACUUUACUUUGGUUGGUGUAUCUUGCCCCGACUCCCAUUCCGGCCCUGGUUUUAUGUGGAUGUUUGUUUCUAUCAGUAGUAACUGCUGCCCACUUAUCCCAUCCAUUCUUACACAAAAGAACCAUCUAACAGGGCUCUCUUUGUUCUCUAGCCACUUUGUUUUAUGAAUGCUGUAAAUUGUUUUUAUGAAUGAAAAAUAAAAGUUUGUUGUAUACUAGCAGUUGUUCUGAAAUUAAAAGCUUCCAUUUUUUCUUCUUUUAAAGUGAAGUCUAGGCCAUUUGACUCCAUAGUAUUUCUUGCUAAAACCAGUGUUUUCCCUCAAGAAUUCUCUUCAGGACUCCAAGCAGGCACUUGAGUUUCACCUGGAAGGCUCUGGACAUUGUUAAGCAAGAAGCAGUGAAAACACAAAAGAUGGAUUAAGACCAAACAUUGAAAUAACAGCUUCAGUAUUGGUGCAUUUUCUGUGGUACAUUUUUUCCUAGUGUUACAAAAUAGGCUUUUUUUUUUUUUUUUAAAUUUAAAAGAUGGUUUUUCUCAAUGAUCUGAUUUAUCUUUUUAAGACACACAUUUUUUUGUGAAAGGAACAACCAUUUGGGACUCUGCUGUUGAGUAUGUCUUAUUUUUCAUGAAUGUAGAUUGCUAGUCAUCCUUGCCUCUAUAAAACAUUUGUAAAAUUAAAUAGUGCUAUUUCA